AUGAAGGGGACAGCGACGGUAGCUUCGGUGGAUUGGGACGUCGAUAGGAGAUUCAGGGUUACAGAGGUCGCACUGGCAAUUAUCUGGUGCUUUUCUUCCGCAUAUUUGUCGUAUUUCUUUGCUGAUUGCAUGAUGUCUCGAUGGCUUCUUAAUUACACACCUCCAGCCGUCGUCAUUCGCCUCCUCACCACGAACUCUCUCCUUGCCUAUCUAACAUCCUGGAUUCUCCACCUCUCCGGCGCAUCAUCUGAUCCGCGUCUGCUCCUCCCAGCAUGGAUAUCUAUUACUUCAAUCCUAACCCUUCUUUACCACCUCACGCAACGCAAAAUCAAUAUCAAGAAAGAAACCGCCGCAUCUCUCUCCGUCUUCUCCAUUGCCAGCUUCAUAAGCAUGUGCUCCCUCCUCCUACAACUCCACUUAUCUCGAGAAAACGAGAUGGAGAUACCCCUGUUCAUCCUGGGCAAAAAGGUCUGGGGAAUCGUUGCCGAGAAGAUGGUUGUUGUUGAGCACUUGCGUAAUGGCCCUCCUGGAGUUUAA